AUGGAUAGCAUCAAGGUCGUCGGCGGCGCGGAGCUGAACGGUAUCAUCCCGAUUUCCGGGGCAAAGAAUGCGGCAUUGCCGCUCAUGAUCGCUUCGCUUCUGACAGACGAAACCCUGACGCUUUCAAAUGUACCGCGAUUGCGCGAUGUCGCGCAGUUGAUGCAGAUUCUCUCCAACCACGGCGUCGACUAUUCCGUCAACGGCAAGCGCAGCGGUCAGGACAACCUGGCAGGCCAGACGCUUAACCUGACCGCCCGUGAAAUUGUCGACACGACGGCCCCUUACGAACUGGUCUCCAAGAUGCGGGCCAGCUUCUGGGUUAUCGGCCCGCUGGUUGCGCGCAUGCACGAGGCGCGUGUUUCGCUUCCCGGUGGUUGUGCAAUCGGAACGCGCCCGGUCGAUUUCUUUAUCGACGGACUGGCGGCGCUCGGUGCCGAGAUCGAGAUCGAGGGUGGUUAUGUUGUGGUCAGGGCACCAGGUGGCCUGAAGGGAGCGCGUGUCGAGUUUCCCAAGGUUUCCGUGGGUGCAACGCAUACCGUCAUGAUGGCGGCGACCCUCGCACACGGUGAGACGGAAAUCGUCAAUGCCGCGCGCGAACCGGAAGUGGUCGAUCUGGCCCGUUGCCUGAAGGCCAUGGGCGCCAGGAUUGAGGGGGAGGGGACAUCGACCAUCCGGAUCCAGGGGGUUCCGCGUCUUCACGGUGCUCACCAUGCCGUUGUUCCUGACCGGAUCGAGACGGGAACCUACGCCAUGGCGGUGGCCAUGACAGGCGGUGAUGUGCUUCUUCAGGGCGCUCGCACGGAUUUGUUGGAGGCAGCUUUGGACACGCUGCGCCAGACCGGAGCCGACAUCACCCAGACACCGGAUGGCAUCAAGGUCUAUCGCAAUGGCAACGGUAUUCAGCCGGUCGAUGUCACCACGGAACCUUUCCCGGGCUUCCCGACCGAUCUGCAAGCCCAGUUCAUGGCGCUGAUGACCAAGGCAGGCGGCACCAGCCAGAUCACCGAAACCAUUUUUGAAAACCGUUUCAUGCAUGUCCAGGAACUUGCCCGUCUCGGCGCCCAGAUCCAGGUCGACGGCCGCACUGCGACGGUCGACGGCGUGUCAACGUUGCGCGGCGCACCCGUCAUGGCAACCGAUCUCAGGGCUUCCGUUUCGCUCGUGAUUGCAGGACUGGCAGCCGAGGGCGAAACAACCGUCAACAGGGUCUACCAUCUCGAUCGUGGUUUUGAGCGCCUGGAAGACAAGCUCACCCGCUGUGGCGCGCAGAUCGAGCGGAUUUCCGGUUAA